CUCUCUCUCUCUCUGUCGUUACCUGGAUCUGAGCUGCGCAUCCGUGUGGAUGCAUCUCGCGCCUUAUUGUCAUUCACUCCGCGUUCACGUGCUCGUGUGCAUGUGGACGCGCUUCGCAUUUCGAUUCGAUUUCUGCAUUUCGACGUGACUCAGAUUCGAUCUUUUAUUUGCAAAACAGCAGUCCCGAGGGAGAUGACUGAGGGUGCCCGGACACCCUACAAUCCCUCAAGUCUCGGUUCCUGAGGACGCGGACGCGCCGCGCGCGCGGUGUGGGAGGAUGCUGCCUCGCUGAGGAUCUGGACACAUGGCUGUGAUGCUCCAGGAUCGUCUUCUUCUUCAUCAUGUCUCCAGCAGCUCCGGUGACGGACAGCAGUGCUGUUGAUGUCCUCCACGAGCAGACGGACGCGCCGCGGGAAUCGCAGCGUCCAGUGAAGCAGUCUUUGAGCAAGUCCCUGUGUCGCGACUCACACUGGAAAUGCCUCCUUCUGUCACUGCUGAUGUACUGCUGCGUGAUCGCGAUGACCUGGUGUCAGUUCACGAAGAUCACGCGCCUCACCUUCGACAGCGCUUUCAAGGGAAAGUCCAUGUUGUACCACGACAGUCCCUGUUCUAACGGCUACAUCUACAUCCCGGUAGCUUUCCUCAUCAUGCUCUAUAUGGUUUAUAUGGUGGAGUGUUGGCACUGCUUCUCGCGCAACAAACUCCAGUUUAAAGUAGAUCUGGAGAGCGUCGCCGAGCGCGUGCAACGCAUGCAACAAGCCACGCCGUGCAUCUGGUGGAAGGCUAUAAGCUACCAUUACAUACGCCGGACGAGACAAGUAACACGGUAUCGCAACGGCGACGCCUACACGACCACGCAGGUUUACCACGAGCGCGUCAACACGCACGUCGCGGAGGCCGAGUUCGAUUACGGGAACUGUGGGGUUAAAGACAUCUCGAGACGCCUCACAGGACUCGAAGGCUUUCCGGUGACUAAGCUGCGCUUCACCAAGUGCUUCAGUUUCGCUAAUGUCGAAUCCGAGAACUCCUAUUUGACGCAAAGAGCGCAGUUCUUCACCGAGAAUGAAGGAUUGGACGAUUAUAUGGAAGCGCGUGAAGGGAUGCAUCUAAAAAACGUGGAGUUUAAGGAAUACAUGCUUGCCUUCGCUGAUCCGGAUGGCUUGCCUUGGUAUGCGUCGCAGUGUAGCUUCUGGUUAGCGGCGGUGUUGACUUUAUCCUGGCCGUUGCGGGUUUUGAUGGAGUACCGCACGGCGUAUGUUCACUACCACGUGGAGAAGCUUUUCGGGUUCGACUAUGUCGCUGUUACGCCUGUGGAUGAGCGUCCGUUUUGUCGUCACAUCCCGAGGGUCAACACCAUCGACAGCACGGAGCUCGAGUGGCACAUUCGCUCCAACCAACAGCUGGUUCCCAGUUACUCCGAAGCUGUUCUUAUGGAUCUGGCGCAGCAGUCCAGUUGCAACACGUUUUCGCCGCGUGGCAUCGGUGCGGCCGGCGGAAACGGCUUCGGUGGAUACCUACAGAACUGCGAACGCUGCCAUCGGUCUAUAAGCAGCUCGUCGAUCUUCUCGCGCAGCGCGUUGAGCAUCUGCAACAGCAGCAGUCCGCGUUUGCCGCGUUUGCCUUUCAGCGGCAGCCGUUUGUCUCUAGGCCGUUUGUACGGCUCGCGCCGCAGCUGUCUUUGGAGAAGUCACAGUAGUAGCUUGAACGAUCCCAGAUGUCCGACGGAAAGCACGCGAUGCCUGGCUGAUCAGUCGGCCAAUGAGGAGAGCCCACCUUCGCCGCCGGCCUAUCAGGACGCGCUGUAUUUUCCCGUACUGAUUAUUCACCGCAACGAGGGUUGCGUCGGUCACGAUCACCAUUCGCUGCACCGUAACGCAUCCUGCGUGGAGACUUCGUUAUAGCAUUAGCAUAAGGACGAUAACACAAACCUGGUUUUCAAGUAUUUGCAAAAUGAAGAGACUGGUACAGAAAUGUUUGUAAGAAUCUCUGUUAAUGUGCAAUAGCACGUAACUCUGAAUGGCACAUGAUUGCAUUUAUAAUCACAAAUGCAUUCAGACUUUUGUCGUUGUAUGUACACACACGUGAUGCACCAUAAUCAGCUUCUUCAACAAGGACAACAUCUGCCAAACUGCUUCUUACUUUGCAUUUGUAAUCAUCAUGAAAUGGCAUCAUUUCAACAUUUUCACGUAAAACAUCAUAUUCUAAGAGAAUACAUUAAAUGCAUGUAAAAUUUUACGCAUGGAGAAUUGGCUAAAAUCAUGAAAAAUGGUUUGAUGUCAAAGGAUUAGUUCACUUCCGGAAUAAAAACAAAUCUUGAUCAUUUACUCACCCCCAUCCAGGAUGCUCAAAACAAGCAUUUGGGGUUAAAAAGUAAAAUUAGAAAAUGAGCGAUGGUUUUGUUAGAUGAGUCCCUUAUUUCUCGGCUGGGGUCGUGUAGAGCUCCUUUGAAAUUGCAAUUUUAACCUUCAAUCCGUUGGUCCCCAUUGAAGUCCAUUACAUGGAGAAAAAUCCUGGAUUAUUUUGCUCAAAAAUCUUCAUUUCUUUGCAACUUAAAGACAUAAUAACACGGGUUGAGUAAAUUAUCAGAACAUUUUUAUUCUGGUAGUGAACUACUCCUUUAAGGGUUGAAAAAUAAAUGAAAUCCAAAUCAUCAGCAAGAAAAGAACAUUUCAUCUAACGUUUUUCUUUGCAGUAACAUGCACCGACAAGUUCAUUCACUAACACACAGAAAGUCCUUAUUUAUCUUUCUCCUUGAUAAUUCAGGAAAGUUAGUUUCUGUGCUAAAUGCAAUAAUCGUUAUUUUUUUAAUAUAGAAAAAAAAGUAAUAUUUACCUGGUAAAAAUGUAAAACUUGAUUAGGUCAGGAAAGGUGGUUGGAGAUUUAGGCUUAAAAAACAUGUCAUGCAUAUCAUGUAACGUGCAUUGACAAAUCAUUCA